AUGUCUGCAGACCAACAACUCGCCGUCUUUCUCGGGGACAAGAUCCUCGCGCAAGCGCAUGUCUCUGACCUCACGCACGUCGAGGGAAACUGGUAUUUCCCCGACCACGCGCUUUUGGACAGGGGCCGAUACACCCAAAGCGAGACGACUACACACUGUCCUUGGAAAGGAGAUGCCAGUUAUUACAACUAUAAAGGCGAUGAUGGGGAGCUUAAGGAUAUCGCAUGCGCUGAUUCGAUCAAAUCGCUAUCCGGCGCAGAAGUUUAUAGGGCAUUGGCGCGAAGAGAGCUCGACAAACUCCCCUCGUCUGUGGCGAUGGGAAACCAGAUGUGGGCCCUCGAGGCAGCCGAUUACAAUGACCGGGACACCUUUUUGAAGGCCGUCAGUCAGCGCUUGCCCCAGGCCCUGGCCGAUAUCGACUCUUUGUCAACGUUCUACGACUGGUGCCUGCCUGUGCUCAAGGCUGGUAUGGCUACAGGCGCGGUUCUCAUACAAAAAGUGCAGGUUCUUGAGAAGGAGCUGCAGGAGCAGAGGGCGAUAGCUAGUCAGCGAACGACGUCUCGUCAUAAUGCAGGUGGGCACAGGAGCAAGGGAAAGCGCCCCAGAAACCAAGAGUCAUGGCCCGAGCUCAGCGAUGAUGGUACGCACUUCCUCGACGGUCCAGAUGGUUAG